AUGGCGAUCGACGUCAGGGAGCUUGCUAAUCUUGCCAACUCAUCUGCUACUUGGUUCUCCGAUCGGGGGAUCUUCAGUAUGAUGACCUCCUUAAAGUUGGCCUUCAGCUUCUCAAAGUCGCCUACUCAAUUCAAUAUGAUAGGCAGCGGCAAUCUCCACCCCGCAACAGAAGUCGAGGAAUCAGAUCCUUCCCUGUUCGUGCCAGAGCUAGCCCUGGAGAAUAUAUGCCUUUCGUCUGCUGAGGUAUCUGAUAAAACAGAGGACGGCCACAAUGAUAUCCCUUCCUCUGAGAUGGAUGAAAUUUUCACUUCAGUAAUGCUUCAAUCUCCUGUUCAUAAAACGGACGCUACUGAAGAUCUCGUUAAAAGGAAACCGGCCAAAUAUUUCUAUUACGAUUCACCACUUUACGAAGAAACUGGCUUUUGGAUUCCCGUGUCUGCCAAUGGCGGCUACUUUCCCGAGGAAGAAGAAGACUUCGGCAAGGAGAUGACCAUGUGGGACGUGGUUUCUGAAAUGCUUCUUACACUCCGUGGCAAAGCGGCCACCCUCAGUUCGAGCGACCUAACGAGUCGUCAAAUGCCUCGUACGUCAACAGAACUCUUAGAGCAAACAUGGAAACAGAUGGCUGAUACUCUGUCGGAGGCUGACUUUGGCCACGCCGCAGAGAUUUUGGAAACGCAGCCACCCAAGUGGUUGCCGGACAGUGCCGCCGCCGCUUGCAUGCUGUGCAAUGCGCGCUUCCACCCGAUCACUUGCUCGAGGCAUCAUUGCCGGUUUUGCGGCGGCAUAUUCUGCAACGGUUGCUCUAAAGGAAGAAGCUUGCUCCCUCCAAAAUUCAGAGUGGCCGACCCACAACGCGUCUGCGAUGUCUGUGACGUUCGAUUGGAGUCGGUUCAGGCUUACUCGAUGAAUCAAAUCAGUCACGCUUCACAACUUCCGACCCAUGAUUUGACUCACCUCACCACCUUGCGAUCUUGGUUGAACUUCCCAUGGGGUCGAACUAUGGAGCAUGAGAUUUACAAAGCAGCAAAUAUACUUCGUGCAUACACUAAGGUUGGAUCUUUGAAACCUGAGAAGUCCAUCCCUGAUGUUAUUCUGAAACAAGCGAAAGGCCUUGCGAUCCUAACCGUUGUCAAUGUUGGUCUAGUUGUUACUUAUAAAAUUGGGACUGGUCUUGUCGUCUGUCGACGAGAAGAUGGCUCCUGGUCUCCACCCUCUGCCAUUUCUUCGGUUGGUUUUGGAUGGGGAGCUCAGGUUGGAGGCGAGCUAACAGACUAUAUAAUUGUAUUGAGGAACACAGCCGCCGUCAAAACUUUUAGUAGCUAUGGGCAUUUAUCAGUUGGUGCCGGAGUGAGGGCAGCUGCCGGCAUUGUUGGACGAACGGCGGAGGCUGACGUACGUGCGGGUGAUGGUGGUUAUGCUGCUUGUUACACGUACAGCUGCAGUAAAGGUGCAUUUGUUGGUUGCGCUCUCAACGGGAACAUGGUCAAUACUCGUGUCUCCGUGAACACCUGUUUCUACGGUGCUCCUGUCAAGGCCUCCGAGAUACUUUUGGGUUCGAUGCCGAGGCCGCCGGCUGCCGCGAUCCUCUACCGUGCUCUAUGUCAUCUUCUUCCUUGA